AUGGACCAAUUAUAUUUAAAAUUAAACUAUAAUACUAAUAGCAAAUUGCGAACCGAAUCUGGAAACCGGCGAAAGUAUUGUUUGGAAAAUUACACAACCCAACCGCCGCUGGCAAAAUUGCCCCAAAAUCCAGACAAAACUGCCACAGCAGCCGAAAUUGCAUUUAAAAUAAAGCAGUUCGCGGAGCAUAUUAUUUAUACCGAACCUUUUAACCUAAUUGGCGAUUUAAAAGGAAAUUCGUUUCCUGGUAUAACGCACCAAUUGUGGUUUUUAACAUUAAAAAAUCGAUUUUUGAACGCGCCGACACAGGAAAACGGCCCAUUCCACCGUAUCCUAAAUUUCGGCACAGGUACCGGUAUUUGGGCCACCGAAUUUACAACCAAAAAUCCGGCGACCGUCGUAUAUAAUAUGGAUAUUUUCGCGCUUUUACCACCCAAAAUCCCACCAAAUUGCAAAUUUGUUAUUGGAAAUGUUAUUACGGACUGGAAAAGGCUGGCAGGUUUGCAUUUAGGCCAAAAUUGCGGUAAUUUAAAACAUUUCGAUUUUAUCCAUAACCGCAUACUCCUAUUUAUAUACCCAAACCAAAAUCUAAUAAUCCAAAACUGCUUUAACAAUUUCCGGCCCGGUAGUAUUAUUAAGUUUUAG